GCGGGGAAGCUCCGGGGGCGCCGACGACAUGGACCCGGCGCGGCCGCCGCUGUGAGCGGCCUCCCGGGCGCGGGCGGGCGGCACGACCCUCGGGCGGCGCUGGGCGGCGGCCACCGGCCCCACCGCGACAUGUAACCAUGGACUGCAGGAUCAAGGAAAAUCCAGAAAGAACCUUUGACUUGGUAUUGAAAGUGAAAUGCCAUGACUCUGAAGUUGAAGAUCCUGUGGUACUGUGGAAAUUCCCAGAGGACUUUGGAGAUCAGGAAGUACUACAGACCGUGCCAAAGUUCUGUUUCCCUUUUGACGUUGAAAGGGUGUCUCAGAAUCAAGUUGGACAGCACUUUACCUUUGUACUGACGGACAUUGAGAGUAAGCAGAGGUUUGGAUUCUGCAGGCUCACGUCAGGAGGCAGAAUCUGCCUGUGCAUCCUUAGUUACCUGCCAUGGUUUGAAGUAUAUUACAAGCUUCUAAAUACUCUGGCAGAUUACUUGGCUAAGGAACUGGAGGAUGAUUUGAAUGAAACUCUUGCGUCUCUGUAUAACCACCCAGUACCAAAGGCCAACACUCCUGUCAAUUUGAGUGUGAACCAAGAUAUAUUUAUUGCCAGUGAGCAAGCUUUGAAAGAUCAGCCCUCGUUAGCACCGCAUUCCUUCUUCAUUACCCCUGACCUAACUGGACUCCCAACAAUACCUGAGAGUAGAAAUCUUACUGAAUAUUUUGUGGCUGUGGAUGUGAACAAUAUGCUGCAGCUGUAUGCCAGUAUGCUGCACGAGAGGCGUAUCGUCAUUACCUCUGCUAAAUUAAGCACUUUAACUGCCUGUCUCCAUGGAUCCGCUGCUCUGCUGUACCCCAUGCACUGGCAGCAUAUAUACAUCCCUGUGCUUCCUCCGCACCUGCUCGACUACUGCUGCGCACCAAUGCCAUACUUGAUUGGAAUACACUCCAGCCUCAUAGAGAGAGUGAAAAACAAGUCAUUGGAAGAUGUGGUUAUAUUAAAUGUUGACACAAACACUUUAGAAUCACCGUUUAAUGACUUGAACAACCUCCCCAGUGAUGUGGUCUCGGCCUUGAAAAAUAAACUGAAGAAGCAGUCCACAGCUACUGGUGAUGGAGUAGCUAGAGCCUUCCUUAGGGCACAGGCCGCUUUGUUUGGAUCCUACAGAGAUGCACUGAGAUACAAGCCUGGUGAACCCAUCACUUUCUGUGAGGAGAGCUUUGUGAAGCACCGCUCAAGUGUAAUGAAGCAGUUUUUGGAAACUGCGGUUAAUCUCCAACUUUUUAAGCAGUUCAUUGAUGGGCGACUGGUGAAGCUCAAUGCCGGAAGAGGGUUUUCUGAUGUGUUUGAAGAAGAGAUCACCUCAGGAGGCUUCGGUGGAGGGAACCCGAGAUCAUACCAGCAAUGGGUACAUACAGUAAAGAAAGGAGGUGCUCUGUUCAACACAGCAAUGACCAAAGCAACACCUGCCGUACGGACAGCAUAUAAAUUUGCAAAAAAUCACGCAAAGCUGGGCCUGAGGGAAGUGAGGAGCAAGCUCAAGUCCAAGGAAAAUGAGGAGGAUUAUGGUCCCUGUUCUGGCUCUGUGCAGUAUACACCAGUUCACAUGGCACACAGUGAGAAGGGAGAAACCCUACAAACGCAAAAGACAGCCCAGGCUCACUUAGAGAGGCCCCCCAAGACCCUCGAUGGUGCUCUCUCUGAUGCCAACGAUGAUGACAUUGAGAGAGCCAGCAAGUUGUCUUCCGAGGAUGGUGAAGAAGCUCCAGCUUAUUUUUAUGAAAGUGAUGAUUCUGCUGACCCCAGAGAAAAGAUCCCUUACUCGGGGGAAAUGGACUUACUAGGCGAGAUCCUUGAUACCUUGAGCACUCACAGCUCAGAUCAGGGAAAGCUGGCAGCUGCCAAGAGCUUGGAUUUCUUUAAAUCAAUGGAUGAUAUUGAUUACAAACCCACUAAUAAGUCCAAUGCUCCCAGUGAGAACAACCUGUCCCUUCUCUGUGGGGGUUCCGGUGAUCCAGCCGGGUGGCAUCGGGGACAGGACGACAGCGCCCUCCAUGGCAGACACCUGCCUCCCUCGCCCCGGAAGCGGAUUUCCUCUAGCGGUCUGACAGAGUCUCUAUUCAUCUGGAAAGAGGAGAACGGUGAAAAACGCCGCAGCACCCACAGCAUGCAUGGCCCUGCUGCGGUGGAGAAGCCAACUCCUCCUUCAGGCUUGGACUUCCGGCCAACUCUCCCUGACGUUUCCCAAACUGACCGAGAAAAAACAGGAAAGGAAAUGCUCCCCCCGGUUUCUGACGAUCCCCUUGUCCCCAGCCUUGGGCGAUGUCCAUCUACUUCUGUUCCUUGGGAGAAAGAAGGAAAAGAAGCCAAAGAGACUUCAGAAGAACCCGGCCUGUUCCACGAAGUUGUGUCCUUCUGUCACCUGACGGCUGACAUUCAGCAAGGCUACCGUGGUCCGGAGGAAAACACCAGUGGAAACAAAGCCUAAAUUGCCAAUCGGCAAUCAGUCAUUUGCAUCUAAGCUUCCUUUCUGGAGAUGUUUGGCAAUUCUAUGUAAUCUGUAUAGUAAGCAGAAUUAUUUGUAGGAAUGACAACUCUUACUACUAUUUAAUUUUUGUGUGUGUAUGUGUGUGUGUGUGUUUGGAACAUAUAUUCCCCACCUGCUCAUCUCAUGGUGUAAGGCCAAUCCUUCUACUGUGCUAUGAAAUCAGGUACUUGUUUGUGUGUGUUGCUACUAUGUAUUGAGCAUAUGAUUUCCCAUUAUUUGGUGCUUAAUGCCACUUAUUGUAUUUAAACUAAAUAUGCAUACAUAACCCUGUGCGUAACCUUAGAUACUGUACUGUAUUAAUCUGGUCGGGCAUGAACUGAUCAAACCUAGCCUGAAGCUGAUGAAACUGUUAGCCCACUAAUUGCCUUAAUCUUAAAUCUACAUUGAGCAUACUUAAGUAAUUUAUAAAAUUACCUGUGAAACUUUGAAAGAUAAGUUAUAACUGUUCUACAGAGCAAUAAUGCCUUUUUCUAUUCAUGGAAUCAAGGUCAAAAUUCACUUCUGAAAGUUAAAAAGCUUGCUCAUGAAAAUGUUUCAUUUGCUUACGUAGGGACCCUGCAGUCAUGUUUUCCAAAACCGAUGAAGGUGUAAAUUCCAUAUCUUUGACUCAGUGAAGCGUACGAAAUGCUGUAUUACAAGAUGUUAAUGACUUGUGUUUACAGAUGAGAUGCUCAGAAAAGGUGCACAGCCUCUCCUUUAGCCUUGUUAGUAUCAGGGAUCCACUGCAAAAAGGCCAACUCAACAUCAACUGUCCAGACAUUGCCAAAACGUUUCAUAUUGGUAUAUCCAACAAUUGACUUUGUAUUUUAAAAGCCACACAAAGGCCAUGCUGGGGUCCCAGUGCUCCUGCAUCGAGGACCUCGCUCCCCAACAUCUUGCAUUCGUUUUGCCCAUUUGCCUCCAAUGAUGUGCCAGCACAGAGUCUCACGUCCCUGAGGUUUGGUUCCCUGCUAUGCCACCUGUUGUUCCUGGAUCUCAUCUAGGGCGUAUGUUCCAUGAAGUCACCACCUCUACUCAGACCCUCUUGGUUUGGCAGUUUCUUUAGAUUCCCCUUAUUUUUGAUGAACAUUAGCAGUUUUGAGGAGUGCUGGUCAGGUGUGUUGUAGGGAACCCCUCUAAGAAUUUGAUGUUUUUGUCAAGCUAACCCUGAGGUUAUGAUUUUGAAAUGGGACAAUCACAGAAGCAGAGUACCGUUUCCAUCACCUCAUGUGGAGGGCAUGCUUUGUGUACAUGAUCUGUCAGCAUUGGUGUUGCCUUUGGCCACCUGCCGUGGUGGUGUUCACCAGUUCUCUCCAUCCCAGCCUCCUCCUUCUCCUGUCCACUGCCUGGUGGAUCACUCUGAGAAACCCACAUAUGUAUAAGAAGUGGACAUCCUCCACCCCUCCACUAUGUAGCAGAGGUUGGUUUAUCUACUUGAAUUCAGUGGACUUCUGGAGGGGAUUUGGUAUCCUCCCUGACAUUCACUGUUGAGUUUUGAAAUUCCUUGAAAAGGAAUUAUGAUUGCUUCAUGAUAAGCUGCGUUGCCAGGUUAGUGAGAAUGAGAAACCCUACAGAAGUUACGGUUAGUUACAUCUGGAGAUGUUACGGUUAGCUCUGUUAGUAUGUACAGUGUCUCUGCUCUGUCCAUACCCAUUCAUGAUGGUUUUCAAAAUAUUAUCUCUAGAGAAAGGGUGUUUGAGAAACUAUUCAAGAAUGCAAUAAAGUUUGCACUCUAAAACAUUUAUUGAAGGAAUAUAAUUUAAUUACAGUUCUAUAAGAUGGGAUUAUAAAACAUUGCUUAAAAUGUUUAUUAAAGUUAAUUAUCAAAGAAGGCCAUGAUUUUUUAAACUGCAUUCAAACUCUAUAAUUAUUUUUAAUUGGGACAAUUACUUAUUUGUGUAUGUAGAGGAGGCAUGGUCUUGGUUUCUUUUUAAGAAUGGCCUUCAUGUAUACUGGAGGAAAAGAGUUUACUAUUUAUUUUUAAGCACAGAAGAAAGACCCAAGAUUCCUGACACAUUUUGCUUCAGCUGCUCAUUUUAAAAUUCCAAUUUAUUUAACUGAAGUAUUUUAAGUUAGAAGGUUAAAACGUUACCCUGAUUGGUAACCUGCCAGGUAAACAGUCCUUCAUAAUUUGUGAAAAGAAUAUUCAACAGCGUUUCCAUCUAAAUUUUGAAAUGAACUGUUUCUUCUUUUUCUGCAACUCAUAGUUUCAGGAAUGAGAUAACGAUGAGUGUGGCAGAGACCAGACUUGGGAUUUAGUCCAUUAGCUUAAUAACCACAUCAUGGCCACUGAAAUCUAAGUUCUUUUUCUACACUGAGUCACCUCAUAAGGUGUUUGGCUAUGAUACUGUGUUUUAAGGAUAUUUAGCUACUCCCAACCUAAUUUUGUCUUAGUAUGUUAGAGCAAUUUGUGCCUUACUUUAACAUGCAGAUUUUAUUAGCCUGUGCUAAAAAUAAAGCAAAAACAAAAGCUCUAAGUAUUGGUCUUGAAAAAUCUAGAUAAGUCAUAACAAGUACUAGUAUUUGAAAGCAUUAGCCCUUUGAGUAUUUAAAGGCUGCUCAACUACAAACUCAACUUCGUAGUAUUAUGGUGGAGCACACAGUGAAGUUAGAGCAAGUUCUGAAAUAAAAGUGUUUCAUCUUAUUUUCUACCAUGGACCAUAUUUUCUGGUGAAACUUUAUCAAAUCUUUUUAAGCUCCCCUGAUGUUAGAAAUCAUCGUACAAAGAAGCAAUACCUGGUCUCUUCUGGAUUUAUAGAACUAGUAAGCCUUGUUUCGUUUGUUUGUUUGUUUGUUUGUUUGUUUUUGAUACAGAAUCUCUAGUCCUCUUGAACUCACUGUAACUCUCUCCUUUUGUCCCUGCAUUUUACAGUCACUGUAGCUCAGAGAGAUGGAGCAGUUGUGGCCAAGUGAGGACCUAUAGGUUCAGUAAGUAGUCAUGUGUCUGUGUGGCAUAUUUUGAUGUUUACCUGCUUUAGCAUAUUUUAGAAAGGUACCAGUACAUAAUGCUACUUUUUUAAGUUAAAAUUAGAAACCCAUUCACAGAGUAUUUAUGCAGGGAGGAUCACCAGUGAUGUAGGCAGGUAACUAAGUGAUUUAGUCCCUUUGAAGGAAUCAGUGAAAAGGUAAAGAAAUUCCACGUCUGUUUACAACAACAAUAAUGAUGACGAUGAUUAUAGUGUACUUUGUUUGAUGCAAGUUAUUGGCUCAAGAUUCUAAUGCCAAAAAAGAAAUUUUUGACACAGAACUAUGCCAUUUCCGAUUUCAUUUACUUCUUCUUGAUUAUUAUGCUAACUGUAAGAAUGCUGCUAAGACAGGUACCAUUAGAGAACAGACUCAGACAUUUGUAGGAGCUCAAUGUCCUUGCUGAAUGGAUUGUCUGUCCAUAGCCAGCUGACCCAGGAAUCUGUGUAAUAGAAUUCUGCUCCUGGACAAAGUCCUUAGGCCACUUAACUCCAUUUAGGAAUAUCUGAAGUUGUAGGUAUAUAUUGCUCAGCAUCCAAUUUUAACAAUACUAAUCCCAUCACCCUUUUGAACCAUAUGCUAGUGCAUUGUAAGAAUUCAGUGGUAUCAUCCUAAGGCAGGCCCCAGGAAUGCUGCUGAAUCUGCUGUUUGUUAAAUUAGGUGGAGAAACAGAUUCCUGAACAGGAGGAGAACACUGUGAACAUUCUUUGAACCAGACCUGCAUUCUGUAUUUCUAUCUAUCUUAGGAUCCUAAAGAUUGAUUUUUUUUCAGGAAUGGAUUUUUCUAAUUGUGAGUUCCAUUUUAUUUGACAUGAAAGACACUGAAUCUGAGAGGACAUUUGCAAAUCAGGGUACACAUUUUAGAAUGUGAAAUGAAUUUUCAAAUCUAAUGUUUCCACUGAGCACUUCUUAAUGUGGCAUGGAACUUUUGCUACCCCUAUGUCAAGCCCAGGAAUGUUGUCAGUGUGUCUUUCUUAGAGCUUCUUUGUAGGUGGAAUGGUUUUGAGCAAAUUGGUUAACCUUAUGAUUUGGCCUAGAAAUAGGGAAUUGGGUACGUUUAGACAGGAACCUGUUUUAUUUUGAAAAUAAUAGGAUUUUGUGCAAUAUUUUUUCUAGUCUAAGUUAGUUCAUACAAAUAUGCACACCUGCUUUCCCGGCAGAUACCUUAAGGUCACGUUUUUCAGUAUUUGUGUAAUAUUCUAUGUAGCAAUGUUGUGUUGAAUUUUAGGAAAGAAAAUGUAUUCUUUAUAUUGUUGCCGGGGGAAAUGUUUUUAUUUAAAAUAAUUGUGGAUAUUGCGUCAUGGUAUCAUAACGAAUUGCCUCAGCAACAGUAAAUAUGCAAUAAGAAUAUCCUGUACCUUAGGUGAGUGUUACUUACUGUUACCUUAAAGAAAUGUGUAUGGUACAAAGCGAUGACUCUGUAUCUGUACACUUCACAUCUAUCUAAGUGGCAUUUUUAUGAUGACGACCACAUCGUUGAUUGUAAUAUCCUUCGUGAUGAAUCUUUGCUAAGAUUUAUAAAGGGCAUUGCCAAUACUUUUUAACUGUAUGUAAAUUAAGUUAAUUUUUUUGUAUGAUGUACAGUUUGUUUAACCUUAGAGCUUCUAUAGAUUUCUACUUUUUAUUAUACUUGAAUGAGGCAGAAAGCACUGUGGGAAAUCUGUAGUUCUGGAUGCGAUAUGCAAAUAUACCAAAAACAAUAAAACAAGGUACUGAACAGAAAUGUUAGUGGGAUGCUCUAUGUGAGAAGGCUUUGGUUUUCAAGCCAUUCUAAUUGUGCAAUGAAGUAACUGAAAAUAUACAGUCUUUUAUCUUAAAAGAUUGCAGAGUCAGAUUGCUUACUUACCUCUUGGACAUGAUGGAAGCUGUUAGUCUCUUCAUCACUGUAGCAUUUCAGUUCUCAAUUGAAAGCCUUACUGAGGUCCAUGAAUGAAUCCACCAUUGGGUUGAUUCUGUAAUGUUUAGGACAGGACAAAUUUAGAACAUUGUGCACGGCGAGUGUACCACCUGCUUCAUGCCACUCUCCUUCAGGUAGUGUAAAUUCCACCGAAUACUUUGAGAGCCACUUAACUGUCAAAUACCACACAACCAGAUCAUUUUAAAUCUGGUAUGAUUCAAUGCUUACAGCUGUGCCUGGAACAGCAACAAUUAUGAGUUGCAUGAAUUCUGACUUAGAAUGCAUAAUGCCCAGGAGGGUUUCAACAUUGAACUUAUCCAAACCUGAUGUAUUUUUUAACAGCUGCAGGAGCCAUUUCAAAGGAUCAAAAAUCUCGGGCUUUUUGCUUGACAUAGUAUCAGCUCUCUGUGGCAACCCAGCCAGCACGGAGAUCUGCUUCAUUAUUGUUGCAUCCUGGAGUCUACAGUGUAAAUUAUCUCCAAAGGUGACUACUAUGGGAAAGACAUUGUGUAUAAAGGUAUUGCCUUGAGAGUUUUAAAAAUAUGCAAAAGAUAAAUAUCAGAUGGCUUCUACAUUAUUAUAAGUGCCCAACAAUGCAGUUAUAAAAUAAAAUUGGUCACAAUUGAA